UAUUUUACAAACCAAUUAUUAAGGACUUGUAGAUGAUUAAUAAAGUAAGUAAAUAAUUAAGAACUUAUGUAGAUGUACAUUCAUGCAUUUAUAUAUAUAAUGAUUUAGAUAUGCCCUAACGUUUAGGGAUUAUGUUAAUAUAUGCUUUAUAAAUGUGUAUUAAUACUACAAUUGACUCGUCACUCCUGAGGGUACGCUGGCAGCCGCUCCUCUUGACACUUUGUUACCGCUUGUGUGAUUUAUGUGAUUUUUACAGCUAUUCUAUUCAACCCCGUUUUUUUACGUAUUUUAAUUGCUCCCUGAGUUGGAAUACGGUCGGGAUUAAUUCAUUUGAGAGCCUAGCCUACCUCCCGUGUUGGAAUACAACAGGAAUACGGUGGACAUUUGGUCAAACUGAGAGCUUACCUGCUCUACUGGAGUCCUUGUUCUGUGAUGACUAUUGGUUUUUAAACUGUUGGCAUCUGCUGGCCGGCUUGUGGUCGAUUUUGAAAAACAGACCUCACUACAUCCAUAGAGGUUCGCGCCGCGGUUUCAACGUGGAAUCAGGAAACAAAACAAACCCAGGAGUCAUCAUCGGAAACAUUGCGAGACUAGCCAUCAUGCACCGGGCUGAACUAAAACUGUCUCCUCUGCCAAUGCCUGAUCUUUCCUCUAUGGAAUGCCUGGCCUUCAAAUGCAAACCUCCAUACUCCAUGACAGUGCUUCUCAUAUACCGUCCUCCGAAACCAAACCCAUCUUUUCUACCUGAGAUAAGUGAUCUGCUUACCUCACUCUGCACUAUGUUAACUAACAUUGUCAUUGUUGGUGAUUUAAAUAUCCAUGUCGACAACCCCUCCUGUCAAAUUGCAGGAGAUUUCCUGAGUAUGCUUGAGUGUCUUGGCCUGCAGCAGCAUGUUGAGGUUCCCACUCACACCAAGGGGCACACUCUGGAUCUGGUUAUCACUGACUCUGCUUCCAUCAGUAACCUACAGGUUUAUGAUCUCGGUGUGUCCGACCACAAGGUGGUCUCAAUGGCCUUGACUUUUGUGCUGCCUACUAUUAGACCUAAACGUCAAAUGUCUUUCCGGAACUGGAAAAGCAUUGACUCAGCCACAAUGACCACGGAUCUCCAGCUCAUCACCUGCCCAGCCUCUGCAUCAAUGGAUGAAUUAGUGGAACUCUAUAAUACAUCCCUGACCAGUGUUUUUGAUCUCCAUGCCCCUGUCAAGUCACGUGAGGUAAUUUUCUCAUGCUCCGCUCCCUGGUUCACACAUGAGCUGCGGAAAAUAAAAUCAGCUGGGCGUGUUCUAGAACGACGCUGCAGACACUCUGGGCUCACUGUCCAUAAACAGGCUUUCCGUGAGCAUCAAAGGGCCUACUCCAACUCCCUUAAAGAUGCCCGCUCACAGUACUAUUCCAGCUUAAUCAAUGAAACCCUGGCAACUCUAAACAGCUUUUUUCAACCACAAACCAUAUCCUGAAGCCACAACCAUCCUCUUCAACUGAGGCUACAGAGGAGCAAUGCAACAGCUUCAUUGACUUUUUCAGAUCCAAGGUCAACAACAUUCGCUCUCUGAUGUCCAGCUCUCCAUCUAUGCUUCCCUCUGACACCAACACCUUAUCUGCGAGUGUGCUGUCUCCUCUACAUCUUGCUGAGGUUCAGGAGAGCCAUGUUGAGGAAAUCCUCAGAAAAAUGAAACCCUGUACCUGUACCCUGGACCCCAUUCCUACUGCUCUGCUCAAAUCACAUAUCCCCACUCUCAGUCCUUUGAUCACCAAAGUUGUUAACCUUUCCCUGCAGUCUGGCUGUGUCCCACCUGCACUCAAGGUUGCUGUCAUCCGUCCCCUUCUCAAGAAGCCCACCCUGGACCCGGAGGUUCUAGCCAACUACAGGCCUAUCUUCAACCUCACCUUCUUGUCCAACGGUUUAGAGAAGGUAGUUGCUUAAAACUUCAGGACCACCUCAAACACAACAAUUUGUUUGAAAAAUUUCAGUCAGGAUUUCGUUCAGCCCACAGCACUGAAACAGCUUUGCUCAGGGUGACGAAUGACCUGCUGAUGACAGCCGAUGCGGGAUCACCCUCACUCCUCAUCCUCCUGGACCUGACUGCUGCAUUUGACACAGUGGAUCACACUAUCCUCCUAGAGCGCUGCAUCUUCCCAGUGAGCCAUAUUCAGUUCUGCCUGAAAGGCAGCUUUUACCACCCAACUGCUGCCCCAUACUCC